AUAAAGUAUUUAUAAAUGUGACACCAUGUCUUUAGUGUAUAGCCUUUACUUGACCUUGUUGCCCUUCUCUCUUUCUCUUUCUACACUUUCUUUUGGUUUUCUGAAGAGGUAGUUUUGUGUCAUAAUUGUGGAAUGUAGCUUUACUCAUCUUUCAUGUGAAGGCCCUUCAUGGUUGCUGCAACCUAUUGAAUAGUCUCCAAACUUCAUUCUCAUUCUCAUAGGAUACAUUUACUUUGCCCAAUUAAUGCUCUUCUCUUUCAACCUAGCGGUACUCUUCAAUUACAGCAUUUGGAUGAAAAAAGGGUAGAAAGGGUUGGUAGCAGAAUUCACACUCACACAUACUUUGCCAUAAAAAAAAUCUCUCUUUUUUCCCUUUCCUGAAUUGGGUUUGUAGCAAAUCAGGAUCUGCUGCUUCAUUUCUUCACUGUUUGUCUUCUAGCUUCUGGAAUUUUCCAUGGAGACAGAUAACAGUGACACAAGGUCCAAAAAGAUGGAAGACUAUGAAGUGAUAGAGCAAAUUGGAAGAGGAGCAUUUGGCUCUGCCUUCCUCGUUCUUCACAAGUCUGAGAAAAAGAGGUAUGUGCUGAAAAAGAUUCGGUUGGCCAAGCAGACAGAGAAGUUCAAACGUACAGCACACCAAGAGAUGAACUUGAUUGCAAAACUAAAUAACCGCUAUAUUGUGGAGUACAAAGAUGCUUGGGUGGAGAAGGAGGACCAUAUAUGCCUUAUAAUUGGCUAUUGUGAAGGAGGUGACAUGGCUGAAUACAUAAAGAAAGCUCGAGGAUCAUUUUUUCCUGAGGAGAAGGUCUGCAAAUGGCUGACUCAAUUGUUAAUAGCUGUGGACUAUUUACACUCUAAUCGUGUAAUCCACAGAGAUCUUAAGUGUUCCAACAUAUUCCUCACCAAAGAUAACAACAUUCGGCUUGGUGACUUUGGUCUUGCAAAGCAACUUAAUGCAGAAGACCUUGCUUCCUCGGUUGUUGGAACUCCAAAUUACAUGUGUCCUGAGCUCCUUGCUGACAUACCUUAUGGUUAUAAAUCUGAUAUGUGGUCUCUUGGUUGCUGCAUGUUUGAGAUUACUGCACAUCAACCAGCAUUUCGUGCUCCGGACAUGGCUGGACUUAUCAAUAAAAUAAACAGAUCUUCCAUUUCUCCACUGCCAAUUGUUUAUUCUUCCACACUGAAACAACUAAUCAGGAGCAUGCUUAGGAAAAACCCAGAACAUAGGCCAACAGCAGCUGAAUUGCUAAGACAUCCACUUCUACAACCUUAUGUUCUUCGCUGUCAUAAUGCAUCAUCUAAUUUUCUUCCAGUAUAUCCCAUUGUUAAUUCAAAGGAUAAAGCAAGAAAAUCUUAUAAAUAUAGUGGUGGCAAGGACCAUAAGGACAAAGAAGCAGGAUUAGUAAAUAAUUUGGAACGGGUUCACCCAGUUGAGGGAAAUGGAGAUGUACAGAUAAGCAAUCUUCCUAAUGAUGCCGCAACAAUCUCAUCUAGUGCAGAAGACAGCCUUGAGACCAAGAUGGUUGAUCUUACCAGCUACAUAGUGGAAUCUUCUACUAGUAUCAGUGGCUCAAAAGAUGGGUCAACCACAUCUGAAUCCACGAUUUUCAGUGUGUGCAAGGACGACUUUAAAAGCAGACCUUCAAGGGAAACAGCCAGCAGUGAGAUCGCUUCAAAGAGUACACAUGAUUCUGUGCACGACGAACAAGGAUUUGCUGCUAAACAUUUUCAGAAAUUAGAAGGGUAUGACAUAAAUGCCUUGACUGCAGAAAUUGAAGAUGCUUUUUGCAUUGAAGGUUUUGACAAUGAUGAGGCAAAGAGGGAAGCUGCCAAUCUUGAGGACUCCCAGAAAUCAACAUCUUCGAGUGCAGGAAGCAGUAUCACUGAUAAAGAUAAAUCCAUUAAUGAGGAAAGGUCACCAUUAAACGAGAAUCUGAUUACAGUUGAACACAAUACUGAAUCUGGAAACUGCUCAAACAAAAGUGAAAACCCUGAUGCAUCUACCGAAGACUCUCAUAUGAACUGCUUGACAUCUGAUGGUAAUAAUACACUUCCUGUUAAGGAGGAUGACAAAGCAAAGAAACUCAUUCGUUGUUCCACACAUAAAGAAGAUGAUAAUGCAGUGGAGGUUGAUCAUACGCCAAGUGGCAUUUCAUUGAGUGUAAUAACUGAAGAAGGUGACGAUGAAACAAUCAAGACGGUGUUGGAUAGUCCCUGCCAGCAAAGAGCUGAUGCUCUUGAAGCUCUGCUUGAGCUAUGUGCUCAGCUACUUAAGCAAGAUAAACUUGAAGAGCUUGCUGGGGUGCUAAGACCCUUCGGAAAAGAAGCUGUCUCAUCCAGAGAAACAGCAAUAUGGCUGGCAAAGAGCCUCAUGUCUUCCCAAAAGUUUAAUCAUGAAACCUAGUUAUUAGAGUUUCUGGUCAUAAAAUUAUACAUUGUUGUAAGAAAUGUGUAUGUCAAAUGUCACGAGUCUUUUCCUUUCGAGAUUGUUGCUUGGUUGAAGAUUGGAGACUGGAAAAUAGCAUGCCAAAUUCUUUCCGGGUUGUGGUAAAUGGUUAAAGUAAAUGAAUUAAAUUAUUUUUGUUAGGUUGUUUAUUUAUUUGAGUUUGUUUGAAUCAGUCUACAGGCCCUUGAUUAUGUAAAGUUUGUCACUUUCACUUUUCGGAGCUAAAAAAUACCAUGGACUUGAAGCUCGAUGGUUUAUUUAUUUGGUAUACUUGAUAUGACCAUAUUAAGCUUAAUU